AUGUCAAAUAAGCAAAUACCAAAAGAUCUUUUAAGUGCGGAUAAUUCGGUUACUUAUGAUGCCAUCGUCGUUGGGUGUGGUGUUGUCGGACCAUGUGUCGCCACAGGCAUGGCAAGGAAGGGAAAGAAGGUUCUGAUUGUUGAAAGAGAAUGGUCAAUGCCUGACAGAAUAGUCGGGGAGCUCAUGCAACCUGGUGGAGUUCGAGCUCUUAAGAGUCUCGGCAUGGUGGAAGCAAUCAACAACAUUGACGCUAUCCCUGUUACCGGCUACACGGUUUUUUACAACGGCGAAAAAGUCGCAAUUCCAUACCCAUAUAGAGCUGACGUCGCCCCGGCAGAGAAACUCGCCGACCUGGUGCGCAAUGGCAAUCACCAGGUUAGUGACGAUAAUACUAUCAAUGCCAAGGAUUUCGAAACUAGCGAGAGAGAAAAAGGUGUUGGAUUCGUUCAUGGUAGGUUUCUACAAAAAUUAAGAGGCAUAGUAGCUAGGGAGCCAAAUAUCACUAGACUACAGGGAAAUGUAGUUGAAAUUCUAAAGAACAAGCAAAAUGAGGUGGUUGGCGCUAAAGUUGACAUCAGUGGUCGGGGCAAGGUAGAGUUCAACAGUCACAUAACCUUUGUGUGCGACGGUAUCUUCUCCCGCUUCAGAAAAGAGCUUUCACCGGACCACAUCCCAAAGGUCGGGUCUUCAUUUGUCGGCAUGAGUUUAUAUCAUGCUGACAUGCCCUCCCCUAACCAUGGACACGUUAUUUUAGGCACUAGUCACUUGCCCAUUCUCGUGUAUCAAAUUUCACCCCAGGAAACUCGUAUCCUAUGUGCUUACAACUCUGCCAAACUUCCCCCAAACUUAAAAGAGUGGAUGAAUGACGAUGUAAAGCCCCACAUACCAGAAUCCUUGCGUCCAUCGUUUGACGAAGCCAUAGAGAGAGGGAAGUUUAGAUCCAUGCCAAAUUCGUUUUUGCCUGGGAAACAAAAUGAUGUGCUAGGUAUGUGCGUUAUCGGAGAUGCUUUAAAUAUGAGACAUCCCUUAACUGGCGGUGGUAUGACCGUGGGUUUGAACGACGUUGUUUUAUUGAUAAAGAAGAUCGGUGGUUUGGAUUUUAGCAAUCGCGAGCAAGUGCUGGACGAAUUGCUAGACUAUCACUUUGAGAGAAAAAACUACGACUCGGUUAUCAACGUUCUCUCCAUCGCUUUAUACUCUCUAUUUGCUGCAGACAACGACAACCUGAGAGCCUUACAAAGAGGUUGCUUCAAAUAUUUUAAGAGAGGAGGAGACUGUGUCAGGCUACCAGUAUCUUUCUUAUCGGGGGUCAUGCCAAGACCCUUUCUGCUAACCAAAGUAUUUUUCGCUGUUGCUAUCUACGCAGUCUACGUUAAUUUUGAAAAAAGAGGUGCUCUUGGAUUUCCUGUGGCUUUGCUAGAGGGUAUUGCCAUCCUAUUUACUGCUGCUAGAGUUUUCACUCCAUACCUUUAUGCUGAAAUGAUCGGAUAG